GUGAGUCAGAUUCCCGGCAAAUUAAUGAACCAAGCACUGUCACUGUUGAGGUAUACAGCCACGACAACCCGGAACUGAAUGCAUCAGUGGCAGCGUGACAUUCAGAUAUCAACGUGUUAAUUGGAUUAUUCUUGACAGUGAACACAAGGACGGACGGAUGGCAGCAAACCUGUCCUGGUCAGACCUUUUACAAGUAACACACAUGCAUCCUUCAUGUGUUAUAUAAGGGAAGUGAGCUGAAUAUUCUGGUCCCAAGUUGUGAUUUACGGCAGCUUACCAGAGGUGUUCAAACAGCCAGACAUGAUCAGCUGAUUCCACACUCCGCUGUUGGAACUGGGCGUGCAGCGAUUACGGUAGUCAGUGCUGUCUCUCGGCAUCAGGUCUAUCUGAUGCGUCAACACAUCCCAGGGUCGCCAGGUGCAAGAUCGUAGCGACAAACGUAAGAAGAUGGAGAAUGCAUUACAUAAGCGAGAUAGAGUUGGAGUUCAAGACUUUGUGCUCCUGGAAGAUUUCACCAAUUCCGACGCCUUCAAUGAGAAUCUGAAGAAAAGAUUCCAAGGAAAUCUUAUCUACACAUAUAUCGGGCCAGUGCUGGUGUCUGUCAACCCAUAUCACCAACUGGACAUCUACAAUGAUGACUUUAUCCACACCUACCGCAACGUCAACUUCUACGAACUCCCACCACACAUCUACGCCAUCGCCGACGCGGCGUACCGGUCCAUGCGGGGAGAGUCAGUGGACCAGUGUGUCCUCAUCUCGGGGGAGUCGGGCGCUGGCAAGACGGAGGCGUCUAAGAAGAUCUUACAGUACAUCGCCGCCAGUAGCACACAUUCCAAUGAGGUGGAGAGAGUCAAAGACAGACUCCUUCAGUCCAAUCCCAUCCUAGAGGCAUUUGGAAAUGCAAAAACAAACAGAAACGACAACUCUAGUCGCUUUGGGAAGUAUAUGGACAUACAGUUUGACUACAAGGGUGCACCUGUCGGGGGUCACAUCCUGAACUACCUUCUGGAGAAGUCCCGAGUCAUCCAUCAGGCGUCGGGAGAGCGCAACUUCCAUGUCUUCUACCAGCUCCUCACAGGGGCAUCAGAGGACACGCUUCAGCGACUCCAUCUCACCCGGGACCCACAGAAUUACUUUUACCUGUAUCAGGGUGAGAGUGUGAUGGCCGAGUCAGUGGAUGACAAGAAGAGUUUUAAGAUUGUUCAGCAGGCACUCGACAUCUGUGACUUCAGCAAGAAGGAGCAGGAGGCUCUGUAUUCAAUCAUCGCAUCUGUCCUUCACCUUGGGAACCUAGAGUAUCAGACCAGUGAUGAUGGCCUGGUCAAGAUCAAGGAUCUAGAGGCAGUGUCACAUAUAGCAAAGUUGCUGGACUGUCCGGACGAUGUCCUCAUCUCGUCUCUUAGCAACCGGACCAUUGAUGCCAGGGGGGAGAGGGUAAAGACACCCCUGUCACAAGAUCAGGCGCUGUACGCCAAGGACGCGCUGUCUAAAGGCGUGUAUGAUAGACUCUUUACCUGGAUCGUCCAUAAAGUCAACUCCUCACUAGCAACCAGGGGCAAGUACCGAUGUAAUCUAAUGGGUCUGCUCGACAUCUAUGGAUUUGAGAUAUUUGGUGUAAAUAGUUUUGAGCAGUUCUGCAUCAACUUCUGCAACGAGAAGCUGCAGCAGCUGUUCAUCCAGCUGACGCUCAAGUCGGAGCAGGAGGAGUACCAGCGGGAGGGCAUCGAGUGGGAAACUGUGCAAUAUUUCAACAAUAAGAUAAUCUGUGAUCUUGUUGAAGGAAAACCCUAUGGAAUAAUAGCAAUUAUGGAUGAGGAAUGUCUUCGACCCGGAGAUCCGACUGACCUGACGUUACUGGAGAAACUAACGGAGACAAUCGGCACCCAUCCCCACUUCAUUAGUCAUAAAACAGCAGACGCCACCACCAGGAAAACCAUACAGAGAGAUGAGUUCCGGUUAAUCCACUAUGCAGGUCAUGUGACGUACAACGUGCGAGGGUUUCUGGAUAAGAACAACAACCUGCUCUAUCGGGAUUUAAAAGAGGCAAUGAGUCAAACCGGCAAUAUAAUCACGUCCCAGUGCUUCCCCCUCGCGGAGCUGCAGAGCAAGAAGCGGCCUGAUACAGCAGCGACCCAGUUCAAGACCAGCCUGGCCCAGUUGAUGGAUAUUCUGAUGUCUAAGGAACCGUCGUACGUCCGCUGUGUCAAACCUAAUGACUUCAAGCAGCCAGGUGUGUAUGAUGACCGCAUCGUCAGCCACCAGGUGAAGUACCUGGGUCUGAUGGAGAACCUCCGCGUCAGGCGAGCUGGCUUCGCCUACAGGAGACCAUACGAGGUAUUCCUUAAGAGGUAUAAGUGCUUGUGUCCCUCCACGUGGCCGACGUAUCAUGGAACAGCCAAGAAUGGAGUAGCGAUGCUGGUGCGGUACCUGAAAUAUGAGGAAGACGACUACAGAAUGGGCAAGUCAAAACUGUUCAUCCGAUUCCCCCGUGUCUUAUUUGCCACCGAGGAUGCCUUUCAAGUCAGAAAACAUGACAUUGCCACCAUCAUCCAGUCCAACUACAAAGGCUAUGCACAGAGGAAGAAGUACCUGCAGUGGAGAGUUAGUGCCAUAUUGCUGCAGUGUCACUGGCGCCGUGUGGCGGCACAGAGGCUGCUGCAGAGGAGGAAGUGGGCUGUGCAGGCACUCAGGAAAUUUAUCAAGGGCUUCAUCCUCCGCAAGAAGCCAGCAUGUGAGGAGAACCGAGACUUCAUCAAAUACACCAAAGUCAACUAUCUACAGCGCCUACGUCAAACCCUCCCGAAAAAUGUCUUGGACAAGAAGUGGCCGCGACCGCCGGAACUGCUUGUGGAGACGUCACAAAUCCUAAACAAGCUGUGCAUGAGGAACAUGGUUCUCAAGUAUGUGAAGAAAAUCUCAGCGGAGAGGAAAUUUCAGUUCCAGCAGAAGGUUGUAGCAGAGAAGUUGUUCAAGGGAAAGAAGGAGUCGUACCCCUUCAGUGUGAAGGACCCCUUCAUUGACAGCCGACUGGCUGCCCACCACGAGUCGCUGAAGAGUGGGAUGUUCGACAUCAACCUGAAGCAGCCCAAUGAGACAGUCAGGUAUUGUGCAGCAGUCAGCAAGUAUGAUCGUCAUGGUUACAAGCAGCGAGCAAGAAUCCUCAUCGUCACAGACAAGAAUGUUUAUGUUCUUAACGAGAAGGACUUCAAGGUGAAGGACAAACUGUCCUACUCUCAAAUAACAGGAAUCCACGCCAGCCCCUACACUGACGGUUUGUUUGUCGUGGUCGUCUCACUCGCAGAGAACGGGUCAAAGUGUGAACCGGAGGAUGAUGACACGGAGGCCCACAAGGGGGAUCUGAUACUCCAGAGUGACUACGCUAUUGAGGCCAUCACCAAGAUAGCCAUGGCUGGCAACAAGGUUGACGUUGUCAAGGUCGCCACAGAAGGAAGCAUCAACCAUGACCUGGCCAGUGGUAAGCAGGGUUGUAUCGAGUUCACCAAGGGUCAGAUCUACAGCAUCAAAAAGGGCAAGAAUGGACAGCUGUGUGUGGUUGCCCCACCAUUGAAGUAACAACAUUGCCAUGGAAACCACUUCACAGAAUGUCAUGGAAACACCAUGAGGAGAACUUUCACGUAUCAGAAAAUAUGCAACUGUUUUGUUCAGUGAACAGAUUAUGCAGUCAGCUAUCCCCUUCAACUUGGCACUCUUUUUUUAUAAGUACCAGCUAAAUAAAUAUGCAUUUACAAAAGGGACCUAACAGGCGGACAAUCACUUAUGGAUGUGUGCAGAUGCUUUUGAAACCAUUUCAUGCCCCGUUAUUGUGAUAACCUGAUACUGCCCUAUAUAUUGAUGUAUGUACCAAAUCUAAGUGGGCCUUAUUAUAUAUAUAUCGAUGCCUAAUACCAUAUCAUUAUCAAGCUUCCAUUGUUCCAUGUCAGCAUAAACUUGGUUAUCUUCCCCUCAGUUUCAGCAUUUCACCACUAGAGGGCAGUGCUUUGGCAGACAUUGUUGUCAAACUGUACUGAAGAAUUAAUUUGCAAAAAACCUUUGAUUGUUAACUUUUGCAUGUUAUUAUUUCAAAACAAAACAUAUACAAAGGCAGUAUUUUGUUCAUUUCUCAGCUGAAAGCUUAUAUUUAAAAAAUAUGGUCUUCAGAAUUAUAUUUUUCUCUAAAGUAUGGCUGGGAUGAGUCCAAAUUUACUAUGUGGGUACCAACCCCCUACUUCCUGACCCUACCUGGGUACCUGCUGUAGGUCUCAGAGAUGGGUACAAAAUGUCCAUUUGGUAACUGUUUGAUCAUCGCUCUGGCAAAAAGUAUUUAGACAAACUACAAAACGAUCUUAUCGUGCAUACACUGAAGUUGACUUAAGCUUUGUCUUUAUUUAAGAAUAUUUAAGUCAGAAUGAAUGCAUGAAUAGCAUUGAGAAGUGCAAGCAAUCGAGACCUGUAGUGUAUUCACGGAUAAUUUUGGUCAUUAAAGUACCUAUCAUGGGGUACCCAGGUCCGGGUAGUCCUGGGGGUACCCGGGUCCUACUCAGUACCCACCCGACCCGAGAACAAGAGUUACUCAUCCCAGCCCUACUAGGGGGCACGGGUGGCCAAGUCGUCCAAGGCGCC